UCACUCAAACACAGCCACACAACACCCUCCUCACUACACCAGAACCUCCCAGUAGCAAUGGCAAAGUGCCUCGCGGUCGCGCUCCUCCUGCUGGUGGCGCUCGCGUACUGCGACGGGAGGGAGCUGAACCAGAAGGGCCAGGCACUUGCAACGGCACGCGGUGCCGGUGGUGGCAUCGGCGAGGAGAAGAUUUUGGGGUUGCCAGAGUUGCCGCUUGUGGGAACCGUUACAGGGACCAGUACCGUUACCGGCCCUGCGGUGGUGCUUCCUGCUAUCCCGGCUCACCCAUGAUCAUCUCCGGUUCAUGUGCUGGCUUACAAGAUGAAGCUGAACUUGCGGCUUCAGACUUCUAGCCAGCACCCCGUCCGGAAGAUAAACACCGGCCUGACCGGCGUUUCGCUCGUUUUCUUGUUCCUUGACGAGCGUCUGUAUCAACUAUCCUAUCGUCUGUACUUCUUUUCAGUCCAUGUUGUAGUGUUUUCCGUUCCUUGAUGUGCUACAUGCGUCAUCAACGUGAUAAUAAAUAGUUGUAUUAUUUUGUCACUGUGAUCACCUCCUUGGAUACAUGUCAGCAGGUUGCAUCAUGGACGUGUAU